GGCGGACUACGACCGUGGUGAUCAUCCUGAGCAGGCCCGGGAGGCGUUCGCUGGGGCUGACGCGUGCAUCUGGACGGUCGCGAUUACGCCCUCGAAAUCCAAGAUGCACGCACCGGAGGAGGUGCGGCGCUCAAAUUCACUGUCGGCGUGCCGAGUAUCACGGUGGAGGACGUGGCCUCCGCCAUGCUGGAUCAGAUCCUCAACGGAUUCGAGAAGGAGCCUUUGACGAAUGAUGACCUGCAGGCUAUCGCCAACCGGGUUCGGCCCCAGUAGGCAUUUCGGCGCUACACAAAGCGUCAUGGUAGGUAGGAGUGUCACCCACUCAGUUGACCGUCAUCGGCGAACAUGCUUGCAAAGCGUAGAUGUAAACACGCAUUACGACUCGAGGACGCCUUGUACGAUAUUCUCCUGCAUCCCUAGCCAGACUCCGAACGUCGGUGUCCUCAACCACCGCUGGUAAAACUCCUUCCUUUUUGCGGUGCUCCUAA